UCGUAAAGUGAUUUUGUCUCUAAAUUUUAUUUUUCAGUAGGUAGUUAGGUACAAUUUAGUUUCUGUUUGUGGCAUAAAUCUACUCUUUGUUGAUACUUCUCUGUUGUUAAAUUAUUUGUAUUUUCGAUUUCCUAGUCAUUUACAAGUUAAAGUUUAAUUCUUGGAAAAUAACGAGUCCGAUACUAGAUCUUAUAAUAAUUUAUGUAAGGUCAUUUAACUAAUGUAAAUGUCUGUGUCAUUGUGUGUACUGCGAAUUGAAAUGGAUGAAGAGGAUCCAGAGGUGGGAGACAAUGCAUCAGAAAUAGAGUUUGCUAAAGAACAAAAGAAAAAAGAUCGUGGUGCUCGCGAAUCUAAAACAAUCACAGUUGAAACCUAUGCAAGCAUCCUUAGUGGCCCAAAUUCAGUAUCCGGAAUACUGCCGACGAGCUCACGUCGGGCUACCACUGAGGGAAGUGUUUCCGAUGAAAAUGAUGUCAUAAGCUUUUUUUGUGGCAACCCACUGGUUGAAGUCACUAAAGGAGUCCUACAUUUAUAUAAAGAAAAUGAACUAAAAGAAGCUGAAGAAGCAAAAACAUUAUGCCUCCUAUCAGUUCCGGGAGCUCUCGGUGCUCCUGACUUGUUGGCUUUUGCUGCUGCCUGUCAACAAGACAUUGCACAUGUGCGCGUACUUAGAGAUGGUUCUCCUGAUCAUUAUAUGGCACUACUUACUUUCCGCUCAAGUGCUGCAGCUCGUGAAUUCCAUUCAGCUUUUGAUGGUGUGCCAUACAGCAGCUUGGAGCCUGCAGCCCUGUGCCACACGGCAUGGGUCUCUCGGGUUGAGUAUGCACGUGAUGGAGCACCCCCACCAACACAUACUGAGUUGCCUACUUGCCCAGUCUGCCUUGAGCGUAUGGACGAGAGCGUAGCGGGCGUCCUGAGCGUGCAAUGCGCUCACUCGUUCCACGCAGAAUGCCUCAUGGGGUGGCGGGACGCUCGCUGUCCGGUCUGCCGAUGCGCUCAAACGCCGGAGCCCCGGGACUGCGCCAAGUGUCUCGCCUGCGAGUCCUUGGCCGCCCAAGAGGGCGAGACCGAAGAGGCAGGUGAGCUCCGAGACACGCCCUGCGGAGUGGCCGAAGGGAUGCUCGAAGUGGAGGCUGGUACUCUGUGGAUUUGCCUCAUUUGUGGUCACGUGGGCUGUGGACGGUACGAGAAGGGUCACGCCGCCAAGCAUUUCAUGUUAUCCAACCACACAUACGCCCUGCAGCUCGGUUCAAACCGUGUCUGGGACUACGCAGGUGACAACUUCGUCCACCGCCUGGUGCAAAACAAAGCAGACGGCAAACUGAUCGCCGCAGAGGGCCGCACCUCCGACCCCGAACCCGCCUGUGGCGACAAGCUGGAGUUCACCUAUCUGCUCACUCAUCAUUUGGACACGCAGAGGAUACAUUACGAAGAGAGAAUCGCUAAGCUAGAACGGACUCACGAAGAGGAACGCAAAUCGUGGCGCUUGCGCUGCGAGAGCGCCGAAGCGGAGAGCGCCGCCCUUCGCGACCGCGCCAAAGCCAACGCCGCCGAGAAUAAGGCGCUCACGCACAAGGUCACGGCUCUCAACAACAAAGUGUCUAAGCUACAGGCAGAGCUGUCGGAGGAGCGAGGCUUGGCCACGGCGUUGGCGGGUAGCCAGGCCCAGUGGCAGGAGAGGGCCAGGGCGAAGGACGAAGCCUUCCGCAGAGAGAUCGAUGAACUGAAGGAGCAACUCCGCGACGUAAUGUUCUUCGUGGAGGCUCGAGGCACACUUCAAAACACCGAUCGGGCCUCGCAGCAGGAGAUCCAAGAAGCCAGCGUCACCGUUCAACCGCCGAAGCAGAAGCCCCGAAGGAAGAGGCGAUAACGGCUCACUCUUAUCAGGACUCUGUUAAUAGAAGAUGUACAGAUUCCAACUUCGUAUACGCCCUCUUUAGAAAUUCAUUGAAAUAAAAAGAUGUUGCCGAUAUUUACCUGACUGAAUAACUAGUUUUUUCAAGAUUAGAUUGCAUAAUUUUAAAACGACAUGGAUAUUAAUAUAGCUGUCCCUCUAACGUGGUCUAUGGCGUAAAUGAGAGGUCAACUUUAACAUUCAAAAAAAUAUUGUGAAAUACAGCUUAAUACGCCUUAGACGCGGUGACUUGGUCACGAGAGUUCAAAGUGAUAAAAAAGUAACUUUCGUCGCUUUAGACAUUUAACCUCUAAUUACUGAUAAAAAGAUUUUAGACAUCGUUCAUAGUAGAGUGUAUAUUUUAAGUAAAAAAAUAAUGUUUUUCUGUGAUAAAUUAAAAGAUAAGCUAAUAUUGUAUAAGGAGUAAUAAACUUUUUUAAAUUUCAUUAUUUUAACGCCCGUUUCCUAAUAUUAUUUAAAAAUACCCAAUGUUCUAUUUGCCAUGAAUACUUUUUUCAUUUUAGACACGAGUUAUCUUAAUGUAUUCAAAUGCAUAUAGGACAGAAAAUUAUCAUUACGCAUAUAAGAGACUUAAAAACCCUUUAAGUUUCAUUCUUACAUUGGCCUUACAAUGGUUGUAAAAUCGAUGUUUUUAUUUAUUGUUUUCGCAAUAUUCUUAAUUGCUUAUGGAGAUACAGAUUUUGGUUUUAAAGUACCGAAUAUGGGUAAGGUGCAUAAAAACUUUGGUAUAGAAAAUCUAAGUGUACCAAUUAAUUUUGGUUUGAAAAAUAACCUAACUUUACGUGAUUAUAUAAGAGAAAACUUCUUUAUACCAAAUGUAAAGAGUUUGGAUAGUCGUCGAGUUAAACGACAGCUUCCUGGAUUAGAAGGGAAUCAAGUAAUGAUGGGGACGUUCCAAGCAAUUAUGAGACCACUCGGAAAUAACAUUGACGGUUUGGGAAAUGAACAGACACACGCCAACAACGAAACUAUACCUUAACCCUUGUGUCUAUUGCAUUAUAUGUUUAUAGAAAAAAACAGCCUUUUACCCAUUUAUAACCUUGUAUUUUUAUAGAUUGUACUGUAUUUUGACACGACUAAAGAUGUAUGGAACGU